CGUCCCCAUACCCGGUACUCAUUGCGGAAAAGCCUCUCACUGCGGACCCAUGUGAAAACGCACGGUGGGAGAACGUGCUCAAGAGGCAUUGACCAGCGGAAAACCGUGGUGACCAUGUAAGUUGCUGUCUGCACCUCAUGAAUUGAUGCAAAAGACGAGGUAGCCUACUUUACUGCCGCGUUUCUACUGUAUGCUUGUACCACGCAUGUUUUGCCAACAAUGGGCUAUGAAUAGGAUAAUGACAUAGUAGUAAUAAUAAUAAUGCAAUUCUCAAUUAUUUUUGAAUCUAAAAAAAUCCGACAGAGCAACGCCAGUCAGUGUCAUUCGCUCAAUGGCUCAAUGACACAACGUGAUGCAGUGCCUCCGUGAUAGACAUGUAUAAUAAGGGGGAAAGGCACUUGUUAAUUCCCUCCUUGCUGCAUCUCUCACAGUCAAAGUAUUAAGACACGUUCACCUGACUUCCCCCCUAAUUCCCUUCUUUGCUGCAUCCCUCACUGCAUUUGAGAGACACAUCACAUUCACCUUAUCUACACCCAUAGUGUACCAGGCAGCAAACACAAUCUGUCAGCCCAUCUCUGCUUGUCUGGUUCCUAAUGGGUCUGACUCUGACUGUGUCCCCCCAUCUGGUGUGCUUUGCUUACAGGUCCAUUCAUAUUGUUGCGCUGGGCAGUGAGUGCCCCGGGGGAGUGGGGCCAGGAGAAGAGGCCAUGGGUCAGGGCCAGCUCCAGGGGGGCCUGCUGUGGAGUUAUUUGGGCCACGGCGCCAUGGCCGGAGGGCCUGAGGAGAGCAGCCUGUCCAACCCGGCCUUCAUGGAGUACACGUCCCACGUUUUUGGAGACGUCACUGUGGUGGUGCAGGACUGCCCUAGCUGGGUAAGUGUGUGUGUGUGUGUGUGUGUGUGUGUGUGUGUGUGCGUUUAGGCUCUGGAGCUGAUGGGGUGGGUGAUUAUUUUUCUAUUAUUUCUCAGUUUUUCUCUGCAUUGUUGGGAAGGGCACUUAAGUAAGAAUUUCACUGUUAGUCUACUUUCCUGAGCUUUGUCUUCUCCUCAACGGUGGCAAAUCUUUUCCCUUUCAGAAUAGAUUUCAUUAGUGGAGACAGAUGGAGGUUAUCAGGGUCCAAGCCAGUCCAAUAAGCAGGCAGGGAAGAAAGGCAUUUGUUUGGUCAGAAGAACAUUGUCAUUGUAAAGAAGUGAGUGAGUCAGUCUGCCAGCCUCUGUUUGUGUUUUGUUUACCUGGUUGCCUUGAGUGUGAGGAGCGCUCUUGAGAUGCACACACAUUUUGAAUUCCAAAAAUGUUUUCAGCAAGGGCAGCGGAACAAAUCUAACCACUUCUUCUCAGAGGGCGUAAAAAUGAAUGUACUGUUCAGGGGUUCCCAAACUCUUUCACUCAGGCCCCCCCCCCCCCCCCCCCCCCCCCCUCUCCGCGCACGUGCCACAUCUAUUUCUAUGGGCACAAGCACUGUUCAUGACACAAACUGUUCACACCCCUUCUUGUUGGUAGAGAGAAAAUUUUGCAGUUUUAAUGCUCAUUUUCUAGCAUUUCUAUACAUUUUGAUAUGUUUAAUGUGUAUUCAUGUGAUAUUUAAGUGACUCAAACAUUACAACAACAUCUAUGGGCUAAAACACCUAUCUAAAAAAGGUUAGCUGACAUGGGCUAGUUGAUCUGAACAUUUCUGACAAGUUAUAAAUAGCUGUCUAAGGUAUGCAAUGACUGACAUGACAAGUGGAAAACUGAUUAUGCACUACCCAAUUUCGAAAUUGCACCUUGUGCAUUCUACUAUUACAACUUUUAAGAGUUAAUUGAAAGCCGGAGGGGUUGGCCCCCCCGCUGACCCCUUGCGCACCCCACAGGUUGGGAACCACUGCUGUAGAUGAUGCGAUAGCAUAGCUGAGAUAGCAUGUAAUUAAGCGUACUACUGUUACUAUUUUCAAUCUUUUGCCGGUAUAGAACCUUUGUGGCCUGGCUAGUUUAGGCCAGACCUGGGUUCAAAUACUAUUUGAAAUCUUUCAAAUAUGUGAGCGUUGGCUUUAGUCUGUCUGGAGUCCCAUAUGUGCGGGGUAUGAAGUUUUGAGACCAUUCUAUUGGUGUCUUUAAGCCAGGCAAGCUGAAUCAAGACCAGCUAAAGUAAUUGAAAUUAUUUCAAAUAGUAUUUGAACCCAGGUCUGAUGGAGACUGAUCACAAGUCUCAAUUAACAGUUAUUUUAAGGGGGGAUGAGGCUUAAACUGGAUCCGGGAAACGGGCCCUAUAAUGUUGAUGCAUUCGAGAUGUGUGUGUGACAGACAUUGCAAAUUCACAAACAUUAUCUUGUAAGAGGAGGCUGGUUUGAUGUUGAUCUGUUUUCUUGUAUACUGAAAACACCAGCACCUUGUGUCACGCUUAAACAGCCUUGGUUAUCAGUGCAAACUUGUAGUGCAGAUAUUUGGGAGUCUCGGCCAUGACAGUACAUGGCCUUCAGAUUGCAGGACUGUAUAGGACAAAGGCAAAGCAGCUAGCAAGCUACUGCUCAGUGUCAGCUGUCAUGGGCAGCCUAGCUGUUUGGAGAAGGAGGUGCUUUCUGUAUCCAUAACUGUCCAGAUAUCCGUGUCCUCUAAAAUGUUUGAAUCCUUCUCGACUGUAAUAUGAUUUGUGGAUUCAAAGAAAGUAUUUAAAAUGUGUGUAUGUACUCUGUGUGUGGACAGGAUCUGUUGGACAGUGACUGGGCCAGUGUGCGGAGCGUUCUAGAACAGGCUGACAUCCUGGUCAUCAAGUACUCGAUCAACGACAAGCUGGCCUUCCAGCAGGUGCGCAACGGUUAUGCCCCUAGACUCCGCCCCCUGCUACGUCACUGGGGCGUGCCCGUCAUUUUGGUUGCUGUGGGCGCCCGCCUAAACGGUGAGAUCCCAUUGGUCUAUCCUUGACCACACCACCAUUUUGACCUGUUGUGUCUUCUUGUGCUGUAUUGCCAUGCACUUACCACAUGCCAGGUCGUCAUGGUAAAUAAAUAAAACAUCUUAAUUGACCUGCCUGGUUAAAUUAAGAUUAUAUUUUGUAUCAUGAGUCAAGUGGUGAAGUUUUGCCUCAUAGCACUUCCUGUAUAGAAAUACUGACAAUGAUUGGUUAUGUGGCCUCUCACACUAUUCAUCCAACCAUGUUUAUGACAUCUGACAUAACUCUGUUGUUACGAUUCAAACUAAUAUCAUCCAAAAAUCACAUCAUUUUGGGUCUUUUGAAAUAGUCUUAAUUAAUUGAUCUUUAUAUUUGCACAUUUUACAAAUAUGGCUUACCAAACGAUUGCUACAUUAAAUACUGUAGGAGCAGGGAAAAUGGCUGAAGGAGUGGAUUUGUCUUUUCCCUGUACUCUCAGUUAAGAGGAUGAUGCUCAUCUUAUGAUCAAAUCUCAAACAGGCCCCAGGCUUUUGACUCUAAGUAAUGUGUCUUUGUGGCUAAAACAACAAACAAACCAAGCAUAAUAUGGUGCAAGAAAGAAGUAGGUAAAGUCCAAAACCUGACACACACAAAACUACAGUAAAUCUUUGAGUGGUACAUUGUGACAUGUAGCAUUUCCCAGGUCGGUGUUAUUAAACUAGCAAAGUAUUAACCAUCAAGCACACUUUAAUGUCUAUAUCCGUCACCAAAAGUCAUUUUUAUUUCAGUGGUGUAAACAAAUACACCACAUUCGUGAUGGGUUACUUUUUAGCUCAGUGAGAUGCUUUUAGAUCUUGCCAGAGCUUCAUUGCAAGAUGAUAAUAGUAUUUGAUAACUCUUUGGUGGUGAGAGAGGGGGGCUUGAGGGAUAGUGGUGGACCUGACACUAUGUUUUUGUGUUGUUUUGUCGCUGCUUUAUUGUCUAUGCUAAUGACAGCUGUGUUUCCUGUUGCCUUUGUUAGGAGACCACCUAGGGCAGAAUCAUUUCAGGGCACGUCACAUACUGUACACACACACCACAAACAGUGUCUAGCUUUCACUCUAUGCCUGUAGUUUUAUUAGCAGAGUGAUUUAUCCCUUGCAUUUGGCAAUGAGCAGACCGCCUCACUCUUUCUGUCUCUCUCUCUGGCUCCUUCUCUACUUUUAUGCUGUUUCUAUAUGUCUUUACUCCUCCCUGCAUUUCCCUGUAAUUUUCUCUUCAUAUUCUCACUCUCUGCAUGUAGGCUGCAGUAUGCACAUGCAGGGUGUGCCUAUGUGCAUGCAUUGUAAAUCGGUCUGAAUUUCAGUAUGUUGUUAUAUCUUUGAUGGAUAAAAUCAAAUCUUGAGAUGUUCUGCUGGAAGUUCUGUGGGUAAUACCUAAUUAUUUUGCAUGUGUGCGUGUAGAGGAGCUAACUGUUGUCCUGUCUCACUCACCUCUUCCCUGUCCCCUCACUGUCCAGAUGAGGGGCCCCCCUGCACGUGCCCCCUGUGUGCAUCAGACUGGAGCAGCUGUGUCCCCCAUAGUGAGGGCCUGCAGCUCUCUAGGGACCUGGGGGCCACUUACCUGGAGCUGCCCUCCCUCAACCACGUCUUUGUGGGUCGCUACUUUGGCAGCGUGGUAAGCCAGUUAUUAACUGAAUAUAUUGUUUGAUGGUGUGAUUUAUGAUUGGUGUGAUCUAUGUUAUCAUUCAUCAUUGAUGAUGCAGAUGGCAAAGUAUUAUGUUAUUGGCCCUAGUGCUAGUGAAGAUAAGAAUGGGGUCUGCUAAAUGACGUAAAUGUGCCCUUGAGCAAGGCACUUAACCCUAAUUGCUCCUGUAAGUCGCUCUGGAUAAGAGCGUCUGCUAAAUGACUAAAAUGUAAAUGUAAAUGUAAUGGGGACUGGCUGCUAUGUGAUUAAAAUGUUCUAUUGGUGUGUGUGGGUUUAUGCUAACUAGCGUGUGUUUGUGUAUGUAUUCAGCUGGAGUACUUCAUGAUUCAGUGUUUGAAGCAGAAGGCCAAAGAGAGGCCAGAGAAGAGGCGGGGCAACAAGAUGAAUGAGCCCCAUCCCCCUCAUCUGGAACAGCCAGGUGAGAGACUGGCAAUGCAAUAUGAGGGCCCCCUUUAAAUAAUUUCUAUGUGUCUAUGUAUUAUAUCAACUUUACUUGUGGUGUUCCUCAGGGAUCAAUUAUCAACCCUUUCUUGUUCUCUCUGCACAUGCUACUGUUAUUGUUAACAUGCUACUAGAUAUUAUUGUUGACUUAAAUUAUAUUUUCAAUUUUUUCCAAAUCACCCAACCGUAUGUGACUCUUUAAUAACCAACCAAAUACACAGUUGAAGUUUUAACCACACCUAUAGCAGACACAGGUUAGUGGAAUAGUGUUAAGAUUUCUUCGACAAUUGCUCCAAUAUAAUAGAUUCAUUACUUUUAGGGAUUUAUUAUUGCAUGGAUCCAAGGUUUGUGAGAUCUGAGAUGAGAACGCCAGGGCUAUUUUUGGCUCAUGGGCUUAAUUUUGAAUUAUGAAAAGAGAGUAAUUGCGCACAUCCAAACAUGGCACAGGAGCUGGACAAAUAAAGCAAUGAAAAUGAAUGCAGACUCACCGUUUGCUGCUCCUAAAGAAGAGUUAGUGAAGCUUAGUGAUAGUACAACAAUACUCAAGUGACGAAGAUCAUAUCAUGUUGGUUGAAACAUUGUUGAAACGUUGUCGCUUCAAUAGAAGAUCACAUUUUGGAGUAGCAAACAGUGAGUGGACAAUUUUCUUCCUUUACUAUAUAUAGAAUAUAGACUUUUAUUGCUUUAUCAAAGUUUCGAAUGAUCUGUUAGUCAGCCCUUCACCCUAUAGUGUUCAUUAUUUUUGUCUUUAUUCCUGUAAAUGUGUUAUUACAAAUAUUACAUCUAUCUAUGUUCAUGGACACAGAAAUGGAACACACGGCUAAGCCGGCCGUGACCGGGAGUCCCAUAGGGCGGCGCACAGUUGGCCCAGCGUCGUCCGGGUUAGGGGAGAGUUUCGCCGGGGGGCUUUACUUGGCUCAUCGUACUCUAGUGACUCCUUGUGGCGGGCCGGGCGCCUGCAGGCUGACCUCGGUCGUCAGUUGAACAGUGUUUCCUCCAACACAUUAGUGCAGCUGGUUUCCGGGUUAAGCAAGCGGGUGUUAAGAAGCACGGCUUGGCGGGUCAUGUUUCGGAGGACGCAUGACUCGACCUUCGCCUCUCCCGAGCCCAUUGGGGAGUUGCAGCGAUGAGACAAGAUCGUAAUCACGAAAUUGGGGAGAAAAAAGGGGGCUAAAAUUACUAAACAAAUAUAAAAAAUAAGAACACACGGCUAAGCUACAGUUAACAUACUGAAUAUAGCAUCCUUGCCAUUUAGCCACUAUGUCUGAUGAACUUUGACUUGGUGAUUGACAGAUAAGAGCAACACUGCCAAAGUGGGUGCGUGGGUGGGCUGGGUUGGCUGGUGCCCGUCCAACUACUUAACUUUCUCUCUUUAUAGUGUACAGUCCAUGAAAUAUGAAGUGCAUUGAUUCCUGGACAGCCUUGCCUGUAUACCAGGCUAAAACAGAGUGGCCAUAAAAAAGUGAUGAGGUGCACAGGGGGACAGCGUGGAUUAAGCAUUAAUAGGUUUAUAAUAGGACAGUGAUUUACAUAGCUUCACACUAGGAACCCCCUCCUCUGUCUCUCGCUCUGUUUCUCUUCUACUUAAGUCUCUGCUUUUCCCUCAUCCCUCGUUGCCACGCCCAACUCCCUAAGCUAACUGUCUGAUCAUCUUUCUGUUCUCCCUCUCUUUUUUUCCUCAUCAAUCCUUUAUUCUUUCGCCCCCUCUUUCAACCUUCUCCCUUCCAUUCUCUCUCUCUCUGUUUCUUUCUCUCUUUCUCUUGAUCUCUCUCUCUCUAACCUUCCCCCUUUUUAAUCCAUCGGAGCUGCAUACGUAACGAUGUUGACACUUACUCUUCCCAUUUUCCCUCUGUGCUUUUACUCUUCCCUUUUCCCUUUUCUCUCUUUACUGAACCCAUCCCUCACUCCAUCCCUUCAGCGCGUCUUCCCCCCAUCCGAGUGGAGGAGUCCAGCUUCUCUAAGGACCUACAGUGGCUGCUGGAGCGUGGCAUCCAGUUCGCCGACGUGGCCUUCUACUCCGGGGACUCUGGGAAGGAACUGGGCUGGGGGCACGCCGCUGUGCUCUGUGCCGUCAGCCCCUAUUUCAGACAGCUGCUGCUGGGCCCCAAGGCCAGGGAGAGGCCCAUAUCACGCUGCGCCUGCCGGGGGGAUGGCCGGGGGGACGGCCGGGGGGAUGGAGGCCCCCCAUCGCUGCUCUCCACCUGGGAUGGGGGCCUGGGCAUGGAGGACGGGUCGCGGCCUGACGGGCAUCUGGCCGGACGGCUAUCACGCCUGGUGGUGAAGGACCCACUGCUGUGCCUGUGCCUGUGGGAGACACUCAUGUUCCUCUACCGAGGUAAACUACUGGUUUAAGUGCUGUUGCUUUGAAACAAGCUUCAAUUUCAACGUUAGUUUAAGUGGCAAGUGCUUUAAGCAUGUGGAGCAGCACUAGAGAGUGAGGCUUUAGCCAAGUGAGCUAAUGUUGUCUGCUUUGGUGGGUGCAAUCAUUUACAAUGGAUCAUUUACCAUCACUGUACGAAACAUACUGCUACGACUCUAUCCGUAGUCUCCAUUGUGUGUGUGUGUUGGCUGUGCUCAGUCAUGGUACCACAUAAAGAUCAUCAGUGUUUAAUUAAGAUGAUUUUACCCUCCAUUUACCCUGCAUUGUGAACCAAACUAACCAAUUAAUCUUUUCCUUGAGUCGACCUACCGUUGUCUUGGAGGAAAUUUCAGCGAGAAAGCUUUGUCACAGCUUGGAAUUAAUCUCCUGAAUGAGGUGUUUGUGGGAUAUUACCCUGCGCUGGGUGUUAAAUUAAUCCUUGUAUCAGCUAAAGUACCUCCAUAAAAAACUGAGUGAUGAGCUAAUACCCCUCUAACUCACCUCCUCCUGCCGCAAUGGUCUGUUUCCCUUCUUAUAUGAAGGAAUACUCCACCCACCCCUUCAACCUUCAAGGCUGCCUGAAGGACUGUUGUUUGAUGAUUUCAAGGAUUAUGCAAAUUGAAGAGAUGUCUCCGUUUUCUGCCUUUUCCUUGGGAUACUAACUCACAAUCAAUGUUUUGUCUUUCUCGCAGGUACUUUCUGAAAAGUAGGCUACUGUGAUGUAGUUAUGAGUGUGACUCAUAUGCGACUCCGUGGAUCUUUUUGUAUUUGCAUUGGUGUUCCUACAAUAUUAUGUGAUAUGAGAGAGAGUAUACAAGGUUGUUUAUAUUUGAGUCAAUAACCAUGUUUCCAUCCACAGUUUUUAUGCGAGUAAAGUAAAAAAUCAUGACAGCUGUGAUGGAAGUUUUGGGACAAUUUUAUUCUGGUGACAUGAUGAUCGAAGCUUGACUGCCGUUUGACAAAUAAAUAUUCUCGCUCUUAUCCAUAAUAAUCUCAUCAUGUAGACUACCCGCACUGUAUCUGCCAGCUGUUGGCUAGAGUGCAUGUGCCAAGACUAGAAUAGGCCCAUUUGCUAUUUAAUGCAACAGUUUUUGUGACAAAACUAAUCGGUAGAGUUGAAAAUGCAACUCCCCCCCCCAAUUCGUCAGGCCAUGGACUCUACAAGGUGUCGAAAGCGUUCCACAGGGAUGCUGGCCCAUGUUGAAUCCAAUGCUUCCCACAGUUGUGUCAAGUUGACUGGAUGUCCUUUGGGUAGUGGGCCAUUCAUGAGACACACAGAAAACUGUUGAGCAUGAAAAAUCAAGCAGCGUUGCAGUUCUUGACACAAACCGGUGCACCUGGCACCUACUACCAUACCCCGUUCAAAGGCACUUAAAUCUUUUGUUUUGCCCAUUCACCCUCUGAAUGGCACACAUGCACAAUCCAUGUCUCAAUUGUCUCAAGACUUAAAAAUCCUUCACUAACCUGUCUCCUCCCCUUCAUCUAUACUGAUUGAAGUGGAUUUAACAAGUGACAUCAAUAAGGGAUCAUAGCUUUCACCUGCAUUCACCUGGUCAGUCUGUCAUGGAAAGAGCAUGUUUUGUAUACUCAGUGUUUGUUUCUGCGGUAUACAUGUGUGAAAGAGAUCAAUCGAACUCGAACAAAACAAUGGAAACGCCCCUCACGCGUCCCGCCGAAAAUAUUCUGAAUCUUUAUUUAUUUUUAUUUUAUUUCACCUUUAUUUAACCAGGUAAGCCAGUUGAGAACAAGUUCUCAUUUACAACUGCGACCUGGCCAAGAUAAAGCAAAGCAGUGCGAUAAAAACAACAACACAGAGUUACAUACAGUGGAGAAAAAAAGUAUUUAGUCAGCCACCAAUUGUGCAAGUUCUCCCACUUAAAAAGAUGAGAGAGGCCUGUAAUUUUCAUCAUAGGUACACGUCAACUAUGACAGACAAAAUGAGAAACAAAAAUCCAGAAAAUCACAUUGUAGGAUUUUUUAUGAAUUUAUUUGCAAAUUAUGGUGGAAAAUAAGUAUUUGGUCAAUAACAAAAGUUUCUCAAUACUUUGUUAUAUACCCUUUGUUGGCAAUGACACAGGUCAAACGUUUUCUGUAAGUCUUCACAAGGUUUUCACACACUGUUGCUGGUAUUUUGGCCCAUUCCUCCAUGCAGAUCUCCUCUAGAGCAGUGAUGUUUUGGGGCUGUCGCUGGGCAACACAGACUUUCAACUCCCUCCAAAGAUUUUCUAUGGGGUUGAGAUCUGGAGACUGGCUAGGCCACUCCAGGACCUUGAAAUGCUUUUUACGAAGCCUCUCCUUCGUUGCCCGGGCGGUGUGUUUGGGAUCAUUGUCAUGCUGAAAGACCCAGCCACGUUUCAUCUUCAAUGCCCUUGCUGAUGGAAGGAGGUUUUCACUCAAAAUCUCACGAUACAUGGCCCCAUUCAUUCUUUCCUUUACACAGAUUAGUCGUCCUGGUCCCUUUGCAGAAAAACAGCCCCAAAGCAUGAUGUUUCCACCCCCAUGCUUCACAGUAGGUAUGGUGUUCUUUGGAUGCAACUCAGCAUUCUUUGUCCUCCAAACACGACGAGUUGAGUUUUUACCAAAAAUAUAUUUUGGUUUCAUCUGACAUUCUCCCAAUCCUCUUCUGGAUCAUCCAAAUGCACUCUAGCAAACUUCAGACGGGCCUGGACAUGUACUGGCUUAAGCAGGGGGACACGUCUGGCACUGCAGGAUUUGUGUCCCUGGCGGCGUAGUGUGUUACUGAUGGUAGGCUUUGUCACUUUGGUCCCAGCUCUCUGCAGGUCAUUCACUAGGUCCCCCCGUGUGGUUCUGGGAUUUUUGCUCACCAUUCUUGUGAUCAUUUUGACCCCACGGGGUGAGAUCUUGCGUGGAGCCCCAGAUCGAGGGAGAUUAUCAGUGGUCUUGUAUGUCUUCCAUUUCCUAAUAAUUGCUCCCACAGUUGAUUUCUUCAAACCAAGCUGCUUACCUAAUGCAGAUUCAGUCUUCCCAGCCUGGUGCAGGUCUACAAUUGUGUUUCUGGUGUCCUUUGACAGCUGUUUGGUCUUGGCCGUAGUGGAGUUUGGAGAGUGACUGUUUGAGGUUGUGGACAGGUGUCUUUUAUACUGAUAACAAGUUCAAACAGGUGCCAUUAAUACAGGUAACGAGUGGAGGACAGAGGAGCCUCUUAAAGAAGAAGUUACAUGUCUGUGAGAGCCAGAAAUCUUGCUUGUUUGUAGGUGACCAAAUACUUAUUUUCCACCAUAAUUUGCAAAUAAAUUCAUUAAAAAUCCUAUAAUGUGAUUUUCUGUAUUUUUUUUCCUCAAUUUGUCUGUCAUAGUUGACGUGUACCUAUGAUGAAAAUUACAGGCCUCUCUCAUCUUUUUAAGUGGGAGAACUUGCACAAUUGGUGACUGACUAAAUACUUUUUUUCCCCACUGUAUGGGGUAAAAAAAACAAAGUCAAAAAAUACAACAGAAAAUAUAUAUACAGUGUGUGCAAAUGUAGCAAGUUAUGGAGGUAAGGCAAUAGGCUAUAAAUAAAUAGGCUAUAGUGCAAAAUAAUUACAAUUAGUAUUAACAUUUUCUAUAUUAGCAUUAUACUCCUCAAUGCCGCCCAGCAAAAUUAGCAUUAAGGUUAAUGUGUAUGUCACACUAUUUUGGGGUAAAGAUCAGAGUAUAAUGCUAAUAUGGAUGUCAACCCCAGUACAUGUCCACGUCAUCGUUGCCAAUCAACUGCAUUACACUUUUAAAAAACGACCCAUUUCCACAUGGCUAGCCAUGCUACCAGCUUACAUGAACGGGAGUUAGCAUUUAGCAGACAUUUUUUCUAAACCCGAAAAUGACAAAUAUUUCCAGAUCGGAUUUUAGUAACCACAUUGUGGGCCUGUUAGAACACUUACAUCAUGACGGAUUUGAGGAAUAUCCAAUUUGUUAGAUCAGAUUUUUUGAAUGGGCACCAAUUUCUUUCCCUCAUGGUCUGCAUUCCAUUGACCUCUUUACCACAUCUAUAUAUACAGUUGAAGUCAGAAGUUUACAUACACUUUAGCCAAAUACAUCUAAACUCAGUUUUUCACAAUUCCUGACAUUUAAUCCUAGUAAAGAUUCCCUGUUUUAGGUCCGUUAGGAUCACCACUUUAUUUUAAGAAUGUGAAAAGUCAGAAUAAUAGUAGAGAGUGAUAUAUUUCAGCUUUUAUUUCUUUCAUCACAUUCCCAGUGAGUCAGAAGUUUACAUACACUCAAUUAGUAUUUGGUAGCAUUGCUUUUACAUUUUUUACCUUGGGUCUUAUGUUUCGGGUAGCCUUCCACAAGCUUCCCACAAUAAGUUGAGUGAAUUUUGGCCCAUUCCUCCUGACAGAGCUGGUGUAACUGAGUCAGGUUUGUUGGCCUCCUUGCUCGCACACGCUUUUUCAGUUCUGCCCAAACAUUUUCUAUAGGAUUGAGGUCAGGGCUUUGUGAUGACCACUCCAAUACCUUGACUUUGUUGUCCUUAAGCCAUUUUGCCACAACUUUGGAAGUAUGCUUGGGGUCAUUGUCCAUUUGGAAGACCCAUUUGCGACCAAGCUUUAACUUCCUGACUGAUGUCAUGAGAUGUUGCUUCAAUAUAUCUACAUCAUUUUCCUUCCUCAUGAUGCCAUCUAUUUUGUGAAGUGCACCAGUCCCUCCUGCAGCAAAGCACCCCCACAGCAUGAUGCCGCCAUCCCCGUGCUUCACGGUUGGGAUGGUGUUCUUCGGCUUGCAAGCAACCCCCUUUUUCCUCCAAACAUAACGAUGGUCAUUAUGGCCAAACAGUUCUAUUUUUGUUUCAUCAGACCAGAGAACAUUUCUCCAAAAAGUAAGGUCUUGUCCCCAUGUGCUGUUGCAAACCGUAGUCUGGCUUUUUUAUGGCGGUGUUGGAGCAGUGGCUUCUUCCUUGCUGAGCGGCCUUUCAGGUUAUGUCGAUAUAGGACUCGUUUUACUGUAGAUAUAGAUACUUUUGUACCUGUUUCCUCCAGCAUCUUCACAAGGUCCUUUGCUGUUGUUCUGGGAUUGAUUUGCACUUUUCGCACCAAAGUACGUUAAUCUCUAGGAGACAGAACGCGUCUCCUUCCUGAGCGGUAUGACGGCUGCGUGGUCCCAUGGUGUUUAUACUUGCGUACUAUUGUUUGUAUAGAUGAACGUGGUACCUUCAGGCGUUUGGAAAUUGCUCCCAAGGAUGAACCAGACUUUUUUUUUUCUGAGGUAUUGGCUGAUUUCUUUUGAUUUUCCCAUGAUGUACAUCCACAAGUACACUUCCAAUUGACUCAAAUGAUGUCAAUUAGCCUAUCAGAAGCUUCUAAAGCCAUGACAUCAUUUUCUGGAAUUUUCCAAGCUGUUUAAAGGCACAGUCAACUUAGUGUAUGUAAACUUCUGACCCACUGAAAUUGUGAUACAGUGAAUUAUAAGUGAAAUAAUCUGCCUGUAAACAAUUGUUGGAAAAAUUACUUGCCCUAACCGACUUGCCAAAACUAUAGUUUGUGAACAAGAAAUUUGUGGAGUAGUUGAAAAACUAGUUUUAAUGACUUCAACCUAAGUGUAUGUAAACUUCCGACUUCAACUGUAUAUAUAUAUAUAUAUAUAUAUACAUAUAUAUAUAUAUAUAUAUAUAUAUAUAUGAGUAUUAUAGUGUUUCUAUGAUAUACAGUGCAUUCGGAAAGUAUUCAGACCUCUUGACCUUUUCCACAUUUUGUUACGUUACAGCCUUAUUCUAAAAUGGAUUAAAUAGUUUUUUUGUCCUCAUCAAUCUACACAUACCCCAUAAUGACAAAGCAAAAACAGGUUUUUAGAAAUGUUUACAUUUACAUAAAUAUUCAGACCCUUUACUCAGUACUUUUUUGAAGCACCUUUGGCAGCGAUUACAGCCUCGAGUCUUCUUGGGUAUGAUGCUACAAGCUUGGCACACCUGUAUUUGGGGAGUUUCUCCCAUUCUUCUCUGCAGAUCCUCUCAAGCUCUGUCAGGUUGGAUGGGGAGCGUCGCUGCACAGCUAUUUUCAGGUCUCUCCAGAGAUGUUCGAUCGGGUUCAAGUCCGGGCUCUGGCUGGGCCACUCAAGGACAUUCAGAGACUUGUCCCGAAGCCACUCCUGCGCUGUCUUGGCUGUGUGCUUAGGGUCGAUGUCCUGUUGGGAAGGUGAACCUUCGCCCCAGUCUGAGGUUCUGAGCGCUGUGGAGCAGGUUUUCAUCAAGGAUCUCUCUGUACUUUGCUCAGUUCAUCUUUCCCUCGAUCCUGACAAGUCUCCCAGUCCCUGCCGCUGAAAAACAUCCCCACAGCAUGAUGCUACCACCCAUGCUUCACCGUAGGGAUGGUGCCAGGUUUCCACCAGACGUGACACUUGGCAUUCAGGCCAAAGAAUUCAAUCUUUGUUUCAUCAGACCUGAGAGUCCUUUAGGUGCCUUUUGGCAAACUCCAAGUGGGCUGUCAUGUGCCUUUCACUGAGGAGUUGCUUCCGUCUGGCCACUCUACCAUGAAGGUCUGAUUGGUGGGAUGCUGCAGAGAUGGUUGUCCUUCUGGAAGGUUCUCCCAUCUACACAGAGGAACUCUGGAGCUUUGUCAGAGUGACCAUCGGGUUCUUGGUCACAUCCUUGACCAAGGCCCUUCUCCCCCGAUUGCUCAGUUUGGCCGGUCGGCCAGCUCUAGGAAGAGUCUUGGUGGUCCCAAACAUCUUCCAUUUAAGAAUGAUGGAGGCCAUUGUGUUCUUGGGGACCUUCAAUGCUGCAGACAUUUCUUGGUAGCCUUCCCCAGAUCUGUGCCUCAACACAAUCCUGUCUCGGAGCUCUACAGACAAUUCCUUUGACCUCAUGGCUUGGUUUUUGCUCUGACAUGCACUGUCAACUGUGGGACCUUAUAUAGACAGGUGUGUGCCUUUCCAAAUCAUGUCCAAUGAAUUGAAUUGACCACAGGUGCUCCAAUCAAGUUGUAGAAACAUCUAAAGGAUGAUCAAUGAAAACAGGAUGCACCUGAGCAAAAUGUUGAGUCUCAUAGCAAAGGGGCUGAAUACUUAUGUAAAUAAGGUAUUUCUAUUUUUAAUUUUUAAUACAUUUGCUAACAUUUCUAAGAACCUGUUUUUCGCUUUGUCAUUAUGGGGUAUUAUGUGUAGAUUGAUGAGGAACAUUUAUUUAUUCAAUUUUAGAAUAAGGCUGUAACGUAACAAAAUAUGGAAAAAUGGAAAGGGUCUGAAUACUUUCCGAAUGCACUUUAUACGGUAUGAGUGUUUAUAUACUGUAUAUGAGUCUGUCUGUUGCUGUGGUAUAUAUAAGUGUUUGAAUGCCUGUGGUUCUGGUGUGACCCAGGGGCGUGGGAGUGGGAGCACCUUCAGGAGGCUGUGGGGGAGAAGCUGAAGAACUCUCUGGCCGUGGCUCAACUCAUGGACCGCAUCCGCUCCUUCCUGGGCAGAGACAAGGUGACCCAUGGCUUACAUGGAUUCACGCAUGCACAAACAAACACACACACACCCUGUGAUACCCUAUUCCCCCAUAUAACACAAUACAUGUGGCUCUGGUCAAAAGCAGUGCACUAGCAGUGCACUAAUUGAUUGAAUUGGGAUAAUGUUUACUCUCAGAUUGAGCAAAGGGGAAUGGGAUGUGGGCUGCCUUAACAUCAGGAGACAUGUGACAUGCAGGGUCAUAAUUAGAUUAGGCUUGAGUUCCUUCUAUUUCAAUUCCAUCAGAAGUGAAGUGUCAUUUUUGCACUCAUUAUUUUCACGUAGCAUUUCUCAAUACAAGUCAUACGUUUGGUUCCAAUCCGUCUCCAGGAUUCACUAAGCAGUGAUUUGUUUACUCUAAACCAGCAGUCUCUGGCUAUAUUCACCAUGCGAGCGAUGUUAUAUCACUGCAGCAUAAUGAAGCAAAUGGGUUUGAUAUGCAGACUGCUCUGGAAACGAGCCUGCCUGCCAGUCUGUUUCAGCAUUAGCCAGCUCCAUUGAGGCGGUCUUGGCAGGGAGGGCAGGGACAGUGGAGUUGGCUGCUGCUGAGGCAGGCUUGCAGACAGGCUAUUUCUAUGCCACGGGGGAGGUGGAGAUGGAAGCUCAGAAUGAAUAGCACUCAUGGUAGUAAAUACCAACAGUGGUGGAAUCCUCAGACAUAACCCACGCUGUGUGUGCCUGUAUGUGUGUGUGUUUGUGCUUGCAUGUGUAUGUACGCAUGUGCUCGCCUGUGUGUGUGUGUAGGGCCCCAGGGACACGCCUAAUGCUCGUCCCCCCCAGCUUGGUCCUCAGUCUCUGGUCAACCUCUUCAACUCUCCUCUCUACUCUGAUGUCAUCUUCAUGGUGCAAGGCAAGUACACACACACACACCAAGUCACCUUUUUUUAUUACAGAUGAUUAACUUAUUUCCUCACUGGGGGCCCUCAGGUAGUCAGUCCAUUUCAUUAUUGCACCAGAGAAGAAAAUGGCAUCAACAUAUUUAGGGUGCCUCGAAUGACACUUGAUAUACAAUAGUCACAGUGCUUUAGACAUUCAUGCCAGAUUUUGUACAAUUAUUCUGUUUUGUUUAUAAGAGCUCAGUAAUGUUAAAGACACCCUGAUAUUAUGUUUACAGAUUUUAUUUUAUGUUCACAAUUUUAUAAAUGCCUUUGCUGCAGCAACGGUACAUUGUUUUUAUGACAAACUCUCUCGCAGGGUGAUGCCAAGCUCCAAGUUCAUAAGCAAUCAUCUACAAUAACCCAUGUAAUGAAAUAUAUAUAUAUAUAUAUAUAUACAAAAAUAUGCCCCUGACACUUCAAAUGUAUCCACUUUACAGCACGUCCUUCACCUGCGCUGCACCCAACUAUAGAGAGGGCUGUCAUAAGAGUGACACAAUGCCUGUCAGACUUCAAGACAACCAUUAUGUCAUGCUUUAUAGUUGUCAUAAGCUCUGGGUUAAUUUAAACGACCCGUUCUGAAAGGCAUCAAUUCAUAACUAUGACAGUUUUAGAUUCAUUACGCCUUGCACCUAGACUGUGCAUGAGCAGAUCAUUCGGUAGACGUGAUUGUCUGAUGUGAAGCUGUAAUGUAGAGGCUUUUCUGUUUAUUUCGAGAAAAGUACAAAAUACAGAGAAUAGCUGUGGCUAUUAUCCUCAGCUGUAUCGUGAAGAGACUAAAAACCUUCCCCCUUACAACAGCGGUAUGUCAGGGUGUGAUUAGCAACGCGUUACCGAAAGCUAUUUCUCUUCACCUGAACCAUCAUUCAACCCCUCUCCUCCUGCAACUCUUCCCCAAGGCUUAGCUGGGAAGGAAAAUGUAUUCUCAACAAGGUAACCUGGUAAAAUAAGGAUUACAUUUAAAAAUAGACUGUGUUUCAGGGAGUGUGUUACCAGCUCACCGGGCGGUCCUGGUGGCUCGCUGCGAUGUCAUGGCGGCCAUGUUCAGCGGGAAGUACGCGGAGGCACGGAGUCGGGUGGUGCCCAUCCACGGAGUCUCCUCUGACACCUUCCUCUCCUUCCUGGAGUAUCUCUACACAGACACCUGCUGUCCCGGUGGGUCCACUGCUGCAGGGCGGGAAAAAAACAGGCACUUUGUAUACAGUGAGGGAAAAAAGUAUUUAAUCCCCUGCUGAUUUUGUAUGUUUGCCCACUGACAAAGACAUGAUCCGUCUAUAAUUUUAAUGGUAGGUUUAUUUGAACAGUGAGAGACAGAAUAACAACAAAAUAAUUCAGAAAAACGCAUGUCAAAAAUGUUAUAAAUUGAUUUGCAUUUUAAUGAGGGAAAUAAGUAUUUGACCCCUCUGCAAAACAUGACUUAGUACUUGGUGGCAAAACCCUUGUUGGCAAUCACAGAGGUCAGAUGUUUCUUGUAGUUGGCCACCAGGUUUGCACACAUCUCAGGAGUGAUUGUGUUCCACUCCUCUUUGCAGAUCUUCUCCAAGUCGUUUGGCAACUCGAACCUUCAGCUCCCUCCACAGAUUUUCUAUGGGAUUAAGGUCUGGAGACUGGCUAGGCCACUCCAGGACCUUAAUGUGAUUCUUCUUGAGCCACUCCUUUGUUGCCUUGGCCGUGUGUUUUGGGUCAUUGUCAUGCUGGAAUACCCAUCCAUGAACCAUUUUCAAUGCCCUGGCUGAGGGAAGGAGGUUUUCACCCAAGAUUUGAUGGUACAUGGCCCAGUCCAUCGUCCCUUUGCUGCGGUGAAGUUGUCCUGUCCCCUUAGCAGAAAAACACCCCUAAAGCAUAAUGUUUCCACCUCCAUGUUUGACGAUGGGGAUGGUGUUCUUGGGGACAUAGGCAGCAUUCCUCGUCCUCCAAACAUGGCGAGUUGAGUUGAUGCCAAAUAGCUCGAUUUUGGUCUCAUCUGACCACAACACUUUCACCCAGUUUUCCUCUGAAUCAUUCAGAUGUUCAUUGGCAAACUUCAGACGGCCCUGUAUAUGUGCUUUCUUGAGCAGGGGGACCUUGCGGGCACUGCAGGAUUUCAGUCCUGAUCAUUGCAACUCCACGAGGUGAGAUCUUGCAUGGAGCCCCAGGCCGAGGGAGAUUGACAGUUAUUUUGUGUUUCUUCCAUUUGCGGAUAAUCGCACCAACUGUUGUCACCUUCUCACCAAGCUGCUUGCCGAUGGUCUUGUAGCCCAUUCCAGCCUUGUGUAGGUCUACAAUCUUGUCCCUGACAUCCUUGGAGAGCUCUUUGGUCUUGGCCAUGAUGGAGAGUUUGGAAUCUGAUUGAUUGAUUGCUUCUGUGGACAGGUGUAUUUCAUACAUGUAACAAGCUGAGAUUAGGAGCACUCCCUUUAAGAGUGUGCUCCUGAUCUCAGCUCGUUACCUGUAUAAAAGACACCUGGGAGCCAGAAAUCUUUCUGAUUGAGAGGGGGUCAAAUACUUAUUUCCCUCAUUAAAAUGGAAAUCAAUUAAUAACAUUUUUGACAUGCGUUUUUCUGGAUUGUUUUGUUGUUAUUCUGUCUCUCACUGUUCAAAUAAACCUACCAUUAAAAUUAUAGACUGAUCAUUUCAUUGUCAGUGGGAAAACGUACAAAAUCAGCAGGCGAUCAAAUACUUUUUUCCCUCACUGUAGGUCCCACUCCGGGUAGACAUGGGUUAGGCCUAGACAUGGUCUUGAGACCAGGGGUGGCCAAACCAUCAUUCUGGAGAGCUAUUGUUCCAACCUUGCUCUAACUUAUGUUGUGUUUAGUUGAUACGAGUAAUACGGUAGACGGCAAACCGGAUGUCAUUGUUUUCAAUGAGAGCACGAAGGUAAAUGCCGUUGAGGCUGGCGUUGAAUGCCGUCAGCCGUCACGGUAGACGGGACUUGCCACCCUCUUUCUUACUUUCUUGUCCCACUAUACCAAAUGGUAUGACGUUCUUUUCCGUCCCUUGUCUAAACGCAGCAUAACACUCAGUAUUCAGCCAAUUAAGGUCCUUAUUAUGAGCAGCUGAUUCCCUAGAAACAGAUGUGAUUCAGCAGGGCUGGAGCAAAAGCCUGUACACCCAGUAGAACAGAAUCCUAAAGUUCAGAUAGAAAUGUAACGAAUAGAGCUGUCGUGUUGAAUAGACUGAGAACCAUGCCUGUUCUGUGUGGUGUAUUUCUAGUUGCAACCUGUCAGUGAACAAGCCCCGGGUCCACUGCAGUGGAGGCUGUUGAGGGGAGGACGGCUCCUCUAACCAUUACCACGAGCCCGUCCUCCCCAAUUAAUGUGCCGCCAACCUCCUGUGGUCCACUAUAAUAAUCUCAGCCUCAUUGCAAAAUGUAUAGAAUAGCAUGAGAUUAGCUAUAAAACUGCAAAUGUUUCUUGCUGUCCCAUGCCAAUAUGUGUAGAAAUGCAGGAAAUUUGCUUUAGCUCAGACUAGGGGUGUAACAGUUCACCAAACCCAGUUUGGUUUGGUUUCAGUAGUAAAUGUUUGUUCAUUUAAGAAAAGAUAAAGUGUUGGUAUUCCUGUUUCCAUAUACAGUAUGAUCAUGGGUCAUGUAAUGAUGAGAGCACAAUCAGGAAUACCAACACUUUGUAUUUUCUUAAAUGAAAACACGAUUACUCAUCAAUAACAACACUAAAAUAAAGUGCAACAUGCAUGUGAAAUCAAUAUAUAACAUGGCUCAGAUAUUGUAUAAUGGUUUCUUACAAAGAAGAAAAAAAAAGGUGUGACUCUCAUAAAGGGGGCGUGUCUGUAGAACGGUACUUCUCAUUUCCCACUCCGGGGUAAUGUGAUGGCCUAUCACUAUUAAGUAGCUCUCUGUGUCCAUCCAUCUGUAUUAAGCAAAACACAGGGUGCAUUGGCCAAUUCAUUGACAACUUCGGCUUUAGUUUGCUUAUAUAGACCGGAUACUACCAGUUUGCUGAAAUGGGUGCGAGAGAGCGAAGUUCGUAACGUUGUUUGAGCACUUUCAUGAGGUGCUGAAACCCCCUAUUCUUCUCAACCACAGAAAAUGGGCGCAUAUCCGCGGCCAGGGGUGCACAUUUUACUGGGGACGGGGGGGACAUGUCCCCCCCACAUUCUGAAAUUGCAUUUUUGGCCCCCCCAAUUUUAUCAUUGGAAUGUGAUACAAAACGUGGCAACGGUGUGCUUUAGGACCAUGUGGACGCCUCAGAGCGGUCAGGUAGGCUGUUUGGAGUGUUUAUCCGACUGGAUAUAUAUACAGUUGAAGUCGGAAGUUUACAUACACUUAGGUUGGAGCCAUUAAAACUUGUUUUUCAACCACUCUACAAAUGUCUUGUUAACAAACUAGAGUUUUGGCAAGUCAGUUAGGACAUCUACUUUGUGCAUGACACAAGUAAUUUUUCCAACAAUUGUUUACAGACAGAUUAUUUCACUUAUAAUUCACUGUAUCACAAUUCCAGUGGGUCAGAUGUUUACAUACACUAAAUUGACUUUAAACAGCUUGGGAAAUUCCCGAAAAUGAUGUCAUGGCUUUAGAAGCUUCUGAUAGGCUAAUUGACAUAAUUUGAGUCAAUUGGAGGUAUACCUGCGGAUGUAUUUCAAGGCCUACCUUCAAACUCAGUACCUUUUUGCUUGACAUCAUGGGAAAAUCAAAAGAAAUUAGCCAAGACCUCAGAAAAAGAAUUGUAGACCUCCACAAGUCUGGUUCAUCCUUGGGAGCAAUUUCCAAACGCCUGAAGGUACCACGUUCAUCUGUACAAACAAUAGUACGCAAGUAUAAACAGCAUGGGACCACGCAGCCGUCAUACCGCUCAGGAAGGAGACUCGUUCUGUCUCCUAGAGAUGAACGUACUUUGGUGCGAAAAGUGCAAAUCAAUCCCAGAACAACAGCAAAAGACCUUGUGAAGAUGCUGGAGGAAACAGGUACAAAAGUAUCUAUAUCUACAGUAAAACGAGUCCUAUAUCGACAUAACCUGAAAGGCCGCUCAGCAAGGAAGAAGCCACUGCUCCAAAACCGCCAUAAAAAAGCCAGACUACAGUUUGAAACUGCACAUGGGGACAAAGAUCGUACUUUUUGGAGAAAUGUCCUCUAGUCUGAUGAAACAAAAAUAGAACUGUUUGGCCAUAAUGACCAUCGUUAUGUUUGGAGGAAAAAGGGGACUGCUUGCAAGCCAAAUAACACCAUCCCAACUGUGAAGCAUGGGGGUGGCAGCAUCAUGCUGUGGGGGUGCUUUGCUGCAGGAGGGACUGGUACACUUCACAAAAUAGAUGGCAUCAUGAGGAAGGAAAAUUAUGUGGAUAUAUUGAAGCAACAUCUCAAGACAUCAGUCAGGAAGUUAAAGCUUGGUCGCAAAUGGGUCUUCCAAAUGGACAAUGGACCCAAGCAUACUUCCAAAGUUGUGGCAAAAUGGCUUAAGGACAACAAAGUCAAGGUAUUGGAGUGGCCAUCACAAAGCCCUGACCUCAAUCUUAUAGAAAAUGUGUGGGCAGAACUGAAAAAGCUUGUGCGAGCAAGGAGGCCUACAAACCUGACUCAGUUACACCAGCUCUGUCAGGAGGAAUGGGCCAAAAUUCCCCCAACUUAAUGUGGGAAACUUGUGGAAGGCUACCUGAAACGUUUGACCCAAGUUAAACAAUUUAAAGGCAAUGCUACCAAAUACUAAUUGAGUGUAUGUAAACUUCUGACCCACUGGGAAUGUGAUGAAAUAAAUAAAAGCUGAAAUAAAUAAUUAUCUCUAUUAUUCUGACAUUUCAUAUUCUUCAAAUAAAGUGGUGAUCCUAACUGACCUAAGACAGCAAAUUUUUACUAGGAUUAAAUGUCAGGAAUUUUGAAAAACGGAGUUUAAAUGUAUUUGGCUAAGGUGUAUGUAAACUUCUGACUUCAACUAUGUAUACAGUGGGGAGAACAAGUAUUUGAUACACUGCUGAUUUUGCAGGUUUUCCUACUUACAAAGCAUGUAGAGGUCUGUAAUUGUUAUCAUAUGUACACUUCAACUGUGAGAGACGGAAUCUAAAACAAAAAUCCAGAAAAUCACAUUGUAUGAUUUUUAAGUAAUUAAUGUGCAUUUUAUUGCAUGACAUAAGUAUUUGAUCACCUACCAACCAGUAAGAAUUCCGGCUCUCACAGACCUGUUAGUUUUUCUUUAAGAAGCCCUCCUGUUCUCCACUCAUUACCUGUAUUAACUGCACCUGUUUGAACUCGUUACUUGUAUAAAAGACACCUGUCCACACACUCAAUCAAACAGACUCCAACCUCUCCACAAUGGCCAAGACCAGAGAGCUGUGUAAGGACAUCAGGGAUAAAAUUGUAGACCUGCACAAGGCUGGGAUGGGCUACAGGACAAUAGGCAAGCAGCUUGGUUAGAAGGCAACAACUGUUGGCGCAAUUAUUAUAAAAUGGAAGAAGUUCAAGAUGACGGUCAAUCAUCCUCGGUCUGGGGCUCCAUGCAAGAUCUCACCUCGUGGGGCAUCAAUGAUCAUGAGGAAGGUGAGGGAUCAGCCCAGAACUAAACGGCAGGACCUGGUCAAUGACCUGAAGAGAGCUGGGACCACAGUCUCAAAGAAAACCAUUAGUAACACACUACGCCGUCAUGGAUUAAAAUCCUGCAGCGCACGCAAGGUCCCCCUGCUCAAGCCAGCGCAUGUCCAGGCCCGUCUGAAGUUUGCCAAUGACCAUCUGGAUGAUCCAGAGGGGGAAUGGGAGAAGGUCAUGUGGUCUGAUGAGACAAAAAUAUAGCUUUUUGGUCUAAACUCCACUCGCCGUGUUUGGAGGAAGAAGAAGGAUGAGUACAACCCCAAGAACACCAUCCCAACCGUGAAGCAUGGAGGUGGAAACAUCAUGCUUUUCUGCAAAGGGGACAGGACGACUGCACCCUAUUGAGGGGAGGAUGGAUGGGGCCAUGUAUCGCGAGAUCUUGGCCAACAACCUCCUUCCCUCAGUAAGAGCAUUGAAGAUGGGUCGUGGCUGGGUCUUCCAGCAUGACAACGACCCGAAACACACAGCCAGGGCAACUAAGGAGUGGCUCCGUAAGAAGCAUCUCAAGGUCCUGGAGUGGCCUAGCCAGUCUCCAGACCUGAACCCAAUAGAAAAUCUUUGGAGGGAGCUGAAAGUCCGUAUUGCCCAGCGACAGUCCCGAAACCUGAAGGAUCUGGAGAAGGUCUGUAUGGAGGAGUGGGCCAAAAUCCCUGCUGCAGUGUGUGCAAACCUGGUCAAGACCUACAGGAAACGUAUGAUCUCUGUAAUUGCAAACAAAGGUUUCUGUACCAAAUAUUAAGUUCUGCUUUUCUGAUGUAUCAAAUACUUAUGUCAUGCAAUAAAAUGCAAAUUAAUUACUUUAAAAUCAUACAAUGUGAUUUUAUGGAUUUUUGUUUUAGAUUCCGUCUCUCACAGUUGAAGUGUACCUAUGAUAAAAAAUUACAGACCUCUACAUGCUUUGUAAGUAGGAAAACCUGCAAAAUCGGCAGUGUAUCAAAUACUUGUUCUCCCCACUGUAUAUAUAUAUAUAUUUUUAAAUAAUGCCCCCCCCCCCCCACCAUUUUAAAACCAAAGUUGCGACGUCGCGGCUUAAACAUCCAAUCAAUCUCUUGUAAUUUAUUUGUCCUCAGAAUCUCGAGGGCCUUGAAUGCAGAGGGAGAUGAAGUGUGUUGUUUUUUUUGUUUCCGUCUGCUCUGUUGUAAGAAGCUGGGUGAGUCGAAAUGACAUGUUGAGUGUUGGCAGGUGUUAGCUUUCUAUGACAUGGCAACAUACUCUUCGCAUCGCCUUUAAUCUAUGGAAACACAAAUGUUCACAAAACGGGAUUAUGAAAUCUCCUCCAACCGCCACCCUACGCCAUCUACAUAACUAGCUCCCAGCUACGACUCACAAAAGGACAGAUUGAAAUGCGCCAAUGAAGAUCAGAAUUUUGAGAAUGUGCACAUAGACUCUGAAAUGUUUUUUUAGCUCAGAUUUAGUCAAGCCUAUAGGCUAAAUUUUAAUAUAUUUUUUGAUGUAUUCAGUCGGAUCACAUGCGGACCGACAGAGGUCCCGUACCAACGGUUCGGUCGAAUACGUGUACGUUAAACCCUAGCCAGACUUGAGGGCCCCGUGAACUCUGGUACGCCACUGCCCGGAUCCUCAGUGCUGCUCAGCAGAAGCUGUGAAAUGAUUGACGGUGUUUCAGCUCAUGUAAACAUAUCUCUUAGCCCGAGGUUCGACUGUGCUCCCAAAACAUUGACAGCUGGGGGGGAUCAAAAAUUGGAGUUGUGACCAAAUGAUUAUGAAUAGAUUUUGCUGAUUUGUUUGAAGGGUGAGCUGUUAUCUUAUAGUUGGUUUAUUUUUCACAGCUGUGUGUGUGUGUGUCUGUGUGUGUAAUGUGAUAUGAUUGACAGUACAGCAAAUGGAGACAUUUGACUGCAGUCUGUGUGAUUUAUAAAUCACAACAAUGGCGUGGAUUUCAACCACAAUUUAUGAUCAAAUCUGUGCAUGAGUAUGAUGAUUUUCUAAAUGAGGCUCCAGUAUGUUUGACAGUGUCUCUCUGUAUGUGUGUCCAGCCAGUGUGUUGCAGGCGAUGGCCGUGCUGGUCUGUGCAGAGAUGUACCAGGUGAAGCGCCUGCAGCACCUGUGUGAGGUGUGUGUGUGUGCCUACCUCCAAAGCAUGCCUAGCCGAGAGCUGGCAUCAACUGGCAUCAGUGUGAUCCGCCUUCUCCGUAGGGCUAAGGUAAGUGUGUGAGAUAUUCUCCAUUUCAAAUAAACGCCUAGUCCUUAACCUCGUGGCACUCCUGUAGAUCUGAAACGUUUGAUAGGUGUGAGCAAUAUGGUGAAGAUUCUCAUACCCGUCAUAUUCUUUCAAAUCUACCAACCUGGCCUCAGGGCAAUUAAUAGGAUUUGGGACAUUUAUUUGUAUCCCUCCAUUUAGUAUGAUAUGUUACAUUACGAAUGGAAUAGUAGUAGUACAACAUCAUUCGAAUUGGAGGACGUAUAGUAUCAUACCCGGUCGUACAAUAUCAUACGAAUUGGAUGAUGUUACAUAUCAUACAUCUUGCGUCGUUAGCAUCUGUGGCUAACGUUAGUGGAUAACGCAGCAGGUUAGGAGAACUAACGUAGCAGGUUAGUAGAAUAAGGUUAAGGUGAGGAAAAGGUUAAGGGUUAGCUAAAAUGCUACAGUCGUCCCCGACACGACUCGAACAUGCAACCUUUGGGUUGCUAGACGGUCGUGUUAUCUGCCAACCCAUCCUCCCCAACCAACUGCCCUACUUUUUGUUUUUAUCUUAAGUAACCAUAACCAUUAUUUUAUUCGUAACGUAACACAUCAUAGUAAAUAGAGGUACACAAAUGUAAGUAACAUAUCCUACGUCUGUUUAAUGUGGUCAGGCUGCAUUUACAGGAGUGCCUAGGGGAAGGAUUUGGGAUUCAGUAAGAGAGUAGGUGUGUUCUGACACAAAAUAGCUUAUCUUCAGUAGCAUCCACCACAUCACGUUCCACUCAGUGGAGAUGUAGAGUGAGCGAAGACAAGGAAAGGAAGUCACUUCAGACUAUUGAGAUGAUGCACCCCUUGACGUUUCAACAAUGUUUCUAAUAUUAAAUGAUUAAAUAAUAGUAUUUUUUUUUGUGAUCCUUACCACAACCUGAGAGGAUUUGGUUGAUGAAAGCAACUUGUACCGUACGCUGUAAAAGAUUAACCCACCAAUGUGCUAUCACCUAUCCAGUUCUUUCAGGUCAUUGGUUUAAAAACACUGGAGGCAGGGAAAGCAGAGAAUAUGCAUGCAUGCACGCACAUUGCACAUGUACAGGGUUGGAAAAUGUCAUUUUCCGUGUGGAAGUCAUUGCUGGUGUUAGAAUAUACAGGGUGGAAUAAAUUAUCUUCAAUAGUUACACAAUACAUCUUUGCUCAAAUAGCUGACUGUUCCCCUCUCUCCUUCUACCUCUUUCUCUCUUACAGUGCCACAAUGCAGAGCAGCUGUACGUAUGGCUCCUCCACUUCAUAGCCAAUAACUACCUAAUCUUCAGUCACAAGCCAGACUUCCUGGAGCUCUCAGGUGAGAAAUCAUCGGACACAGGACAGGUUAUUGGACAUAUCGAUAACUCAAACCAACUUACUAAGUAUGACUGGUGUUGCAAAAUCGAUGCUUCGACCCACUAAGCAAAUGGGCACGCAUGAGUCACCAUAAGCUAAAGCUGUUGUGAAAGCUAAUGACAUUUUAAUGACAGAUUUGUGUAGACCGUAUGAUAAAGGGAAGUAGUGAAGUGUAACCCAUAUAGGCAUACUGUCAGUUUUGAUAGCAUAUUAAGUAGAGGACAUAUUAAUUCUGAAAGGGGACAUAUUGCAGGUCAAAUAAGCAGUUAUGAUUGAUGAUGUAGUGAAAUAGUGGAUUAUCAUAGCAUGUAAAAACCAUUUACACACCUUUAUAUUUUCUAAAUAGAGCUUGCACACCUAUGAUGCUAAAUUAGCAUUGUUAGCAUUUACCUUUCUUGCUGCUCUUCAAGCCACUACAUCCCUGGUUAUGACAUAUUUAUAAAGCACACACUGGUUAAUAAGCACACAGGGCAGGUUUAGUAGCAUCUAGAACAGGUUUAUUUCCAUUAACAAUGUUUUCAUCGUACACCAGUGCUUAUUUAAGGUCAAAUGGACGGGUCUGGAAGGGCACAAGUGAAGUGAUACACGAUACAAAGACUAAACAGUACUACGCAAUAUUACUGACAUUGGUCCAGCUCUUGGGUGUAAACACAAGUGUAUCAGGCAGAGCAUGCAUGUGGCUUGAUGAUGGCUUUAUAGAAAUAUUGAUUUAGGCAAUGAUGGAUAGAAAUAAAUACUGCCACUGUGUGUGUGUGCGUGUCCAUGUGUGUGUGAGAGAGCGGGGUGACAUGAUAUCGUCACGGCAACCUUAUGUUUUUGUUGUCUCGGUUGACAGAGGAGGAGCGGGAACAGGUGGAGAGACUGCGCUGGCCUUCCCGAGGGUACCUGCAGGAACUGAGCGAGUACCAGCAGCGUCGACGCAAACUCAAGAAGUCCCGCUGCCUCGUCAUGUGA